AUGGGGACAUUUCUAGUAUUUCGGCUUGUUGAUAACUCGAUCGUUAAUGUCGUACCAUACGGAUUAAGUGCCUGUGAAAUGGAAUUUGAAGAUUGGGAAAGCCGACUGACGACUUUGAACCUGCCAGUUUGCGAUCAUAAACCCGAAGAUUCUGCCGAAACAACGAACCCACAAUUCUGUGUAACUCUGAAGGAAUAUCAUCGAUAUAGACUGACCCUUUAUAAGGAAUUUGCAACUGAGACUGGAUUAGCUUACAAAAAAGUCGUGGUGUUGGAAGAUCCACAAGGCCGUUAUUGGCAUGUUGCGUUGCGCUGCCAGAGAGGAUGUUUUCCGCUUAAAAUGACCAUCGACUGGUCAGAAUUACAUGAAGCAAAUGGAUUAGCCUUUGGGGACACCUGCUCGUUCCAGUUCAUUCCUAGUAAGAACGUUAUUAGACUUGAAUAUGUUUAA